AUGGGUUCUCCUCUAAGUUUCGAAGGAAAUGGUCCAGCUUCGCUCGAUGCUACCUCCAACCCUCCUGCUAUGUUCGAUGGCACCACUAGGUUGUAUAUGAGCUACGUCUCUCCAUAUGCACAACGUGCCUGGAUUACAAGAAACUACAAGGGUCUGCAAGAGAAAAUCGAGUUGGUUCCUAUAAACCUCUUUAACAAGCCAAGUUGGUAUAAAGAGAGAGUAAAUCCAGCAAGCAUGGUUCCUGCACUUGAACACAAUGGCAAAGUCAUUACAGAAAGUUUGGACGUGAUCAAAUAUAUUGAUGGCAAUUUCGACGGGCCUUCACUUUAUCCCAAGGAUCCUGAAAAAAGAGAGCUUGGUGAAUACUUGAUGAAAUAUAGCAAUACAACAUUCAUUAACAUAGUCAUUGGCUCGUUCAGAGGCAACCCGGCUAAAGAAUCAACACCGGUCUUUGAUCAUUUGGAAAAUGUUUUGCACAAGUUCAACGAAGGCCCAUUCUUCCUUGGCAAGCUUAGUUUGGUUGAUAUAGCUUUUAUCACAGUGAUUGAACGCGUUCAACCCCUCCUUGAAGAUGCUUUUAAGUAUGACAUUACUCUAGGUCGUCCAAAAUUAGCUACUUGGAUCAAGGAAAUGAAUAAGAUAGAUGCUUAUAGCCAGACGAAAGUAAACCGACAGCAAGUCAUCAAGUAUAUGAAGAGUCGUUACAUGCUAAGAGCUUCAAAAUCUAUACUAUACCAAAAUCAAGUUUCCAAACUCUAAACACAUAUACAUCAGUACUCUACAGGUGUUUAGCAUGGGGAAAAACUGUCUGAAACUUUAAUGUUUGCUUUCUUAGUAACGUACGAUGUUUUUUUUUUUUGCUAAAAGUAACGUACGAUGUUGAAGUUGGUUUGUUGAGAACUUUGUUCUAACUUUUGAUUUUUCAUUUUUCUGCUAUUUUCUUUUUCAUGAUGUACUUUAUAAUACAAAUAAGCUCUGUUCGUUAACUGAUCGCUGC